AUGUUAAGCUCUGACUCAUCUAAGAUUGAUGAAAGCUAAAAUUGCUCAAAUUAGUUAAAAUUCUUUCUAAAAAAUAAAAACAUGGAUGAUAGCUUUGAUUUAAAUAAUAUGAUUAACAAGAGAGAAGAUACUAUUUUGAGUGAAUAAAUUAGUAAUCAUGAACAAAUAGAGAGAUACAGAACUCACUCUAAAAUUUUCAUUACAGAUUCAUAAAAAAAAAGAACCAGUUUUGAAAUUUCAUCCUUUAAAUCGAGGGUUCAAGAAAAGAAUAACGAAAUUAGUAUAUUUGAUAGCCCCAUUAACAUUACAGACUAAAAUAAGCCAAGCUAGAUCAUUUUUUAAUCUAAUUAAACAUAAUAGUAGAACUAUUUGGUUAAUGAUUCGCUUAAUAAAGUUAAAAAAGAGCAUGCUUGCCUAAAUAAAUCAAACUUUAAUGAAAAAUAGUCAGCUUUAAUAAAGACUCUCGCUCAGAAUCAAUAAGCUAAUAAUAUUGGUUUUAUUAUGAAAAUUCGCAAGAAAAUUCUUCACUUCUAUUAGACAAAGACUCCUUCUGGUAGGAGAAACUACUUAAAGGAUAUAAAGGUGAGGUAGUAUAUUAACGAUCUUAGCGAUAUAUGGACUGAUACGAACAAAAACUGUCUUUUAGGCUACUUCGAUUAAUUUGUUUAAUUUUUUUAAAACAAAAAUUGCAAAUUAGUAAAAUUAAUACCUCUUUUUAAUCCUUAGCAUCCUGUUUGCUUUUUCUUCAAUGUGCUUUUUUGUUUUCUGAAUAUAUUUUUUUAUACAUUCUUCUCUUGUGUUGUUGUAUUUUAAUUCGAAAUAUCCUAUUAAGAUUAAAUUUUCACUACAGUUUCUAUUUUUUGGAUAGUUGAGAUCAUUAAAAAACUUAAUACAUCUAUUUAUCUUAAUGUCAAUCUAGUUAAAGACAGAUAUAUAAUUCUAGGGUUCUACCUCAAAAACUAAGCUAUUUAUGAUUUAUUAGCAUUUUUUCUUGUUUUAUCAAGCCAAGACAGCAGACUAAUUAACAUUAUUUUGAAAGUUAUAUCGUUUUUGAAGCUAAAAAACAUUCUCAAAGAAGCAUCCGAAAUAGAAAAGCAGCUCUGCAUAGCAAUUGAAAAUUACUAUUAUAUUUAAAUAGCUAAGCUUAUAUUGAAAACCUGUUUAAUCGGGCACAUUAUAGCUAUUAUGUGGUAUUUGGUUGGUUAGAUUGAGCUAAAUUAUCUUGAUAAUGAAAGAACUUGGUAUGAAAGCAGUAUAGGAAAAGACGGAGAUUGGUGGAAACUGUAUUUAUAAGCUUAUUACUGGGCACUAACUUUGAUGGCGACAGGAUCAAAUAUAGCUGAGACUCCUCUUUAAAUAUUUUUCACUUCAUUCAUUAUGCCGUUAACAACAAUUAUCUUUGGAUACUUAAUUGGUAUGAUCGGAGUAAUUCUUUCAGAAAUAGGCGAAGAAGAAGAGAACAAAAGAAAAGAUAUUAAUAUCAUCAAUAAAUAUAUGAGAAUUCGAAAUAUCAGCAAAAAUAUCUAGAGAGUAGUUAACUUAGAUUUGGAGUACUAUUAUCAGAAAAACUUUAAAAAAAUUCAAGAAGAGAAUUAGUAAGUGCUGACGAAAAUAUCUUGUCAUUUAAAUGAAAAACUAAAAACAGAUUAUUUUGGUAGAAUUUUUUCAAAAAUAGGAUUUUUAAAUUAGAACUUUGGAUAAGAAACUAUUGAGAAAUUAUCUUUGUGUUGCUAAGAAGAAUAUUUUCUUCCAAAUCAAAUUAUCUUUAAUGAAAAUGAUAAUGAAGAUUUGUCUCUGAUUUAUGUAGUAGAAGGUGAAGUUGAGUUAUCUCGAUAGGUUUCUAGUGAAGAGAGAGCCUCGAAAAUACUGAGAGUGGUUUAAUAAGAUUGUGUUUUUGGUGAACUAAGUUUUUUCACUGGUAAUUAAAGAAAUGCUCAAGCUAAAGCUACUACUUUUACUACUAUACUAAAGAUAUCUAGAUAAUAAUUUAUUGAUAUUGUAAAAGGAAAUGAUAAAGAGUUUUAACAAUUGUGCCUGAUUAAAGACAACAUACUUUAAUACAAUGAUUUCAGAUUGCUGCAAAUAAAAUGCCGAAUAUGCCAAAGCUUUAAGCAUUUUGAAAGUGAUUGCCCUAUUAUACAUUUUGAUAGAGACAAUACAAACAAUAGGAUAAGAACUUUUGAAAAAUUUAAAUAAAAUAGAACUUAAGUGGUUAGAAAACUAGUUAAAACAAAAAAUAUUAGAUAAGUAGCUCUUUAAUAAAAAGCAGAGUAUAGUUAUUUGUUUUAGACAUUGAUAGAUCCUGUUUCAAAUAUAACACAGAGCAGGUAAGAUUUUAAUGAUGAUGAAUAUGAUAGAUAAAAUGAGAGGUGUAUAACAAAGAAAAAAUUAUUUACUCUAACUUAAUUAGAUUCUCACUUUACUCCUGUGGAUUCGAUUAUGAUAAAUGGAGCAACAACAAGUAUUUAAAACAAUUUGAUAGAAGAAGAAAGAUAAAGGGCAAAUACAGACUACUUUUCUUAAUAUAAAUAAUCUGGAGAUCCUUCUCUCAAAUAUUUGAAAUCUGAUUUAGUGGUUAAUGUUAAUGUUAAUUCUAAUUUAAGUCCGUAUAAUAAGCCAACAAGUUAGAGUUAGAUUUCUUAAUUAGAUGUGAAAGACAGCUAAAUGGAUGUUGUAGCUCCUGUUGACGAAGAGGAAGAAGAAGAAGAUGAAGAGGAUGAAGAAGAAGAAGAUUUAGAAUUAAGUAAUUAAGUUAAUAAAUCUGUUUAGUUUAAUAAGAUGAUGAGUAUGUUUUAAUAUAUUGUGAAUGCAAAUAAUAUGAAAUCGAUGAGGUCAAAAUUUAAGAAAUUUGAUUAGCAGACUCUAAUAUCGCGAGAUCAUGAAAAAAAAAGAAUGAUUGAAAAAAUAAAUAAAGAAGAAAAGAUAUUGUGGCUUAUGGAUUAGUUGAGAGAUUAUUUAUAUUAUUUUCCUGAUGGUAAUAGCUCUCAUACAAUAGCUAGCUUUAACACAUAUUAUAGAAGAAGAAAUAAAAUAUUUCUUACUUAUAAAAAGAAAAACUUAGUAGACAGCUCAACAAACGAUACAUAAUAGCUCAAUAUUAAAACUUCAAACAAAAAAAAAUCUAAUUAAAAGCAAAUUAAAUUUGUUUUAGAUAAAAAAUGA